CCAAAAAACUCAUCUCUUCAGAGAAGGAAAGAAACCCUCGCUACGCUACCAGCCCCACAAACUCUCUUUGUGAACUACCUGAUUUAGCGAUUCAGCAACCACAAACACUCUCUUCUUUAUAUCAAAUCGAUGGCGGCGAAGAGAAUCGGAGCCGGUAAAUCCUCUGGCGGAGGAGAACCAAACAUCUUAGCUAAGAUUUCAAACUCCGAGAUCGUGUCUCAAGGAAGACGCACAGUUGGAGAUGCCGUCGGAGUAUCGAAGAAACUGCUCUGGAGCACCGGAAAAGCCGCGUGGAUCGCUGGUACAACUUUUCUCAUCCUUGCCGUUCCACUGAUCAUUGAGAUGGAUCGCGAAGCACAGCUCAACGAACUUGAGCUUCAGCAGGCUAGUCUCCUCGGAGCUCCACCAUCUCCAGUGCAAAUGCAAAGGGGAUUGUAAGAAAUCCUUAAUUACGAAUUUAGGGUAAUCUGUUUUGUUUUCUGUUGUUUGGUGUUUCUUUUGGAAUUCGAAUUUUCGUAUAAGAGUGUAUUUUCACACGUCGGUGGAUUCAUCAAGUUUGGUGCUUUUUUUUUUUUUUUUGUGUUGUUUUGUUGUUAUCAUCUUCAGAUUUGAUUUGAUUGUGAUGUAUUUUAGUACUCUUUGUCUUGUUUUACGUUUCUAUUGCAAUAAAAAUAGGAUCUUGAGGCACUGAA